UCUGCCCCAGGGGCCGGGCCGGCUGUCUGGGGCGCGGGGCCGGGAGCCCUGCCGGCUCUCAUUAGUCAGCCGCGCGGGGAGGAGCCGGCUGACCUUACGCUGGCCCGGCCUCUGCGGCCAUUAGAGCUCAUCCCUCGGUGGCCGCGGUGCCUCCCAGUCCUCGAGGUGGGUGGGGCGGUCCUGCCCCGACUUAAGGAAGGCCUCAGGCCUUUACGCAGCAGAUAAACCGAACUCCAGCCUGCAAUUGAGGGUCCACGGCAGGAAAAAAGAUGCGAGCGUCCAUCCCAGAGCCCAAAGUUGGAGACCUGAUUGAGAUUUUCCGCCCUUUCUACAGACACUGGGCCAUCUACGUUGGCGAUGGAUACGUGGUCCACCUGGCACCCCCAAGUGAAAUUGCGGGAGCGGGCGCGGCCAGCAUCAUGUCCACCCUGACUGAGAAGGCCGUGGUGAAAAAAGAGCUGCUGGAUGACGUGGUCGGGAGAGACAGGUACCAGGUCAAUAACAAACACGAUGACAAGUACUCGCCGCUGCCUCCCAGCAAAAUCGUCCAGCGGGCGGAGCAGCUGGUGGGCCAGGAGCUGCCCUACUCGCUGCCCUGUGAGAACUGCGAGCACUUUGUGAACGAGCUGCGCUACGGAGUCGCCCGCAGCGAUCAGGUCAGAGACGCCGUCGUGGCGGCUGGCAUCGCCGGCGUGGGCUUGGCCGCCGUGGGCCUCAUCGGAGUCAUGUUCUCCAGAAACAAGCGGCAGAAGCAAUGAGUGGGAAGGGGACCGUCCCAGCAGCAGUGGCUUUUGUACACUCAGGGGGUCUUGUCGGGCCGGAGGUGUUGAGGUUUCGGUUUGCGGAUUUCACGCUGUUUGAUGAUAAGGCUUAUUUUCGCAGGAUAAAAUAAAGCCCAGUAAGGGAGGAUUUUGCUGGAGGAAAUACA